CGCCAUUGCAGGAUCGCAUCAUCCUCGCCGGCCUCGUGCGCAUUCUCCGGCCUCGCUCCUCGUGCGUCUUUGGCCGAACGGCGCCUCAGUUUGCUCCUACUAUAACCACUACCUCCCGGCGCAUACAUAGGUACAGUACGUGCAACCGCCCCACGGAUACCUCCCCAUUUACGACGCCGCCUAGAGGUAUCGGGCCAAACAGACCCCUCCAGAGAGUCAGUCAGAGUCAGCCAGGCCCUGCCGCCACCGCCCGCCAUUCACCACCCCCCAUCCAUCCAUCCAUCCCCUCCCAUCAUCAGCUCCAUCGCCUUCAGCCACGCGGAACCACAAAACCCGUCGCUGCCAGCUUACACCUCAGCGCUUCGUCCCGGCCUGCGGCUCAGCCCACAGGCCAGCGGCGCGCCCAAGCAGCCCACCCCCAUUCGCCCAGGGCUGCUAAUUUCUGACCCGACCCGGGCCCUGACCCCAGUCCUGUCGUGUGGCUCACCCGUCAACGCCUCCAUCCGUUCUCUCUUUCUCCUCUUCGCACGCACGCACACACGCACGCACGUACGCUCGCCGCCCCCGCCGCCGCCAGACGCGCGCCCCCAGCCCAAGUCCCUCCCCCGUCUUUUGCGGCUGUUGCUCAGCUCCGUCCCGUCAGGUCAGGGCUUUCUCGAGUCCCUCCGCCUCCUCUCCCCCUUCCCAUUCCCAUCUGCCCCGUUUUGUCCUUUCCCUCCCUCGCUUUUCCAUAUGAGCUCUAUGAACUCCCGCCUCAAAGGCUUCGGGUUCGGGAAACGCAAAUCAGCCGCAAGCAUCCAGACCACCGACGGGGUCCCUCCCGCCAGCACCCCGCCGCCCGGUCAAAUACCUCAACACCAGCAGAUUCCGCACCCCGGCCCGACGCCUCCCCUCGGCGCCUCGUCGUCGACGACCAGUCUCCCCAUGAACCACCCAGGCCCAGGCAACCGGCCGCCCAGCUACACGGCCAACUAUCCUCAGGGCCCUCCCGGCGCCCCCGUCGACCGCACCAGCCCUCAUCCCGGACCCCUCAACCGCACUCCGCCGAGCCAGAUGGCCGGAGGGCCGCCUCCCAUCAACACAGGCGCUCCCGUCGGCUACCCGCCGAACAUGAACCCUAUGGGCCAGGGGCCGCCGCCGAUGGGAGCUCCCGCGCCCGGUGGUGGUCCCCCCGGCUUUGGUGGCCAGCAGGGAUAUCCUCCCGGCGCACCGCCCCCCGCUGGAGGUCCCAUCGCCCAGCAGUACCAGAGAACCAACCCCGCCGCCGAGGUUGAGGGCGCGAGCAAAAGCAAGGCUCAACUGAUUGUCGGCAUUGAUUUCGGCACCACUUUCUCUGGCGUCGCAUUUGCCUUUGCGACCAACAAUGAGGCCAAGGAGGACAUCAUCACGGAGUGGCCUGGUGCUGGCUCGUACACCAAGCAAAAGAUCCCAACCGUUCUGUACUACGACCAGUAUCAGAAGGUCGUGGGCUGGGGCCCCGAUAUCGCCGACGCCCUGGCCCCGACGGGCUACCCCAAGCCCGGCGUGCAAAAGGUCGAGUGGUUCAAGCUGCAGCUCAUGCUCAGCGGCAACACGUACAUUGACCCCAUCAACCUGCCCCCCCUGCCCCCGGGCAAGUCCGAAAUCGAUGUCGCGGCCGACUACCUUUUCAAGCUGCGUCAGGCUAUGCGGUCGGCGUUGCAGAAGACACUGGGCGAGGUUUUCAACCGCGAGGAGCGCAACAUUCGGUACUACCUAACGGUGCCCGCCAUCUGGAACGACGCCGGCAAGGCGGCGACGCGUGCUGCCGCUAUCCAGGCCGGAUUCCUCCGCGACGAGAACGACAACCGCCUAACGCUCAUUUCCGAGCCCGAAGCUGCCGCUCUUUUCUGCUCAAAGACUGGUCUGCUGAACCUCAAGGUCCACGACGCGGUGCUCAUUGUCGACUGCGGUGGCGGCACUGUGGAUUUGAUCGCCUAUGAAGUCGAGGAGGAGAACCCCUUCACUGUUGCCGAGUGCACGGCGGGAUCUGGAGACUCGUGCGGCUCCACCGCCCUGAAUCGCAACUUCAGCAACAUCCUGCGCACCAAGAUCCGCAAGAUGAAGCUGCCGGACGGGUCCAAGACCGCUGGCCGAGUCUACGCUAAGUGCAUCAUGGACUUUGAAAACCGCAUCAAGGCCGACUUCCGCAACAACGGUCAAAAAUGGGCCGUCGAUGUGGGCAUCGAGGCCGAGUUCCCCGAAGCCGGUAUCGAGGAGGGAUACAUGACUUUUACCAACGAAGAGAUUCUGCAGUGCUUCGAGCCGGUGGUCAACCGCAUCCUCGAGCUGGUGCGCAACCAGAUCAUCGCCAUCCAGGCGCAAAACCGCACACUACAGAACAUUCUUGUCGUCGGUGGCUUCGGUGCGUCGGAGUACUUGUUCCAGCAGAUCAAGCUCCACGUGCCCCCGCAGUUCCAAUCCAAGGUCGUCCGCCCCAUGGACUCUGUGGCCGCCAUCGUCAAGGGCGCUGUCACUGCCGGCAUCACGGAGCGUAUCAUCACCCAUCGCGUGGCCCGUCGGCAUUACCUCAUGGCGACGCUGCAGCCCUUCAAGGAAGGGUACCAUCCGGAGGCGUAUCGCGUGCCCUCACUGGACGGCAAGGAUCGGUGCAAGUUCACGCGACAGAUUUUCGUGCAGAAGGGGCAAAAGGUCAAGAACGGCGAGCCGGUCAAAGUGUCCUUUUUCCGGCAGGUCGCCCCUGGCGCCACGCUCAUGUACGAGGAUGUGUUGUAUGCGUGCGAUGACGAUGUCUGCCCGGAGUACACCAAGGACCCUCGCAUCAAGGAAGUCGUCACCCUUACCUCGGACCUCUCGCGCAAAAACCUGGAAAAGGACUUUGAGCGGAUGGACACCCCGCAAGGCACGUUCUACCGUGUCUACUUCGACAUUUACCUGACGCUCGACGGCUCCGAGUUCAGCGCCGAGCUGGUGUGCCAAGGCGAGGUUAUGGGACGUUGCCGAGCGCGCUUCAGGUAACGAGUGGCGCGGGGCAAGAGCGUGCGUAAUGAAAUUCGUGGCUUUCGAUAGAGGCGGCAUGUCAUCUCUGGGCCAAAAAAAUGAUACCUGCGGAGCUUGGAUGCAUGGGAAGAGAAAGUGAAAGCUGGCCGGCUGCAUUGGGCGACAUGAUUGUGAUGAGACGAGGCAACGAGCUUGGAUGGGUGAUAUGGUAGCAGGAUGUGGCCUCGACUCGGAUUUAUGGUUUGCCUUGUGUCUUGCCGUGGACAAUAGAGAGCGGCCGAAUGGAAAGCUUAGAGGCACCUGCAGAUAUACAGUGUCAAUGCUGUACUUGGGAUGUACCCAACUUCGGAC